AUGUACAAAAUAAAAUCACUGGAAAUUACAAACUUUAAAAGCUACAAAUCAAGUCAUGUAAUUCCAUUUGAUUCACAUUUCACUUGUAUUAUUGGACCAAAUGGUAGUGGCAAGUCGAAUAUUCUUGAUGCAAUGGUUUUUGUAAUGACAAAUAAACCAUAUAAUAUAAAAAAUGCUACAGUUAAAUUAGUAUUACAAGAUAAUAAUGAGAUAAUGACUUUUACUAGAUAUAUUAAUAAUAGUGGUAAAAAUUCUUAUUUUGUAAACAACAAAAAGACUGUUUUUAAGGAAUUUAUAAAUAAUUUUAUAAUUUACCAAUCUCACACUGAUAUUCCAAUUAGUCAAAUAAUAGAACAGGUAUCGGGGUCUAUUAACUACAAACAGGAGCAUGAUGUGUUAUUAUCUAAAUAUAAUGAUUUAAUGAUUAAAUUGAAAAUAGAAGGAGAAAAAAGAAAGCAAUAUUUAAAUAUUUUGAAAGAAAAUAAGAAAUAUGAAGAAGAACAUACAAAAAAUGUGAAGAUGGUUGAAAGAAAGAAGGAUAUUGAAAAUAUAUUGUUUUAUUAUAAAAUUAAUAAUUUAUUGGAUAGAUAUAUUUUUAUACAAGAUGCUGAUAAAAUUUUAGAAAACAAAUCAUUGUUGGCUAAAAAAAUGCUAUUAAGUAGAUCUAUAAAAGAACUUAGAUUACAAAUAGAUCAAAAACAAAAUGUAAUUUAUAAAAUUGAUAAAGAUUUAUCUGUAAAGCCAAAUAUCAUAAUUCCCAACUUUGAAAAUUUGGAAAAAGAAUACUUUAGAUUGUUAAACAAUGAAGAAUGUUGUAAAGUAGAAGUAGAUGAUGAUGUAAAAGAACUUUUGAAAGAAAAAGAAGAGCUUGUUACGAAACAUCAGAUGAUGCUUGAUAAAUUUAAUACGAUACAAGAAAAGUAUCUAAAUUUAGAAAGUGAGUUAAAUAAAAUAAAUAAUGAGAUUUUACUAAGUAAAAAUAUUAAGGCAAGGACUAUUAAGUUAUACAAUAUGAAGAGUAAAAUUAAAUCUUUACCUGGUGUUAUAGGAUUUGUUAAUGAUCUUAUUAAAUGUACUAAUGAAAAAUAUGAAGUGGCCAUUAAAGCUAUUUUAUCUGCAUAUGAAUCUACCGUUGUAGUAGAAGAUAUUGAUAGUGCAUUUAAAUGUAUUGAAUAUUGUAAAGAACAUCGAUUAGGGCGAAUUUCUUGUAUUGUUAAAUGUAUUUCUAAGCAAACUUAUGUACAGAAAAAUUUAGAUAAAGACCUUGUAUCACCACUUUUGGUGAUUGAUUGCCCUGAUAACUUAAGAAAUGUAAUAGAGGAUUUAUUCGGAAAUAUUUCAAUAACAAAUAAAGCUUAUCCUGUAGAUUAUUCUGUAGAUGUAUGCACUAUUGAUGGUGUCAUUGUAAGAAGUAAAGGUAGAAUUGUUAAAUUUAACAAAAUAAACAUUCAUGACUCAUCUUUAGAAAGACGUAUGGAGAUAAUUGAUACUAUGAAUAGCAUUAAGAAGCAAAUAGACUCUAAUAGUACUGUAGAAAUAAUACAAAAUAAACUUAAAAAACUAGAUGAAGAGAUAGAAACUAGAAAAAUAAAAAAGAAGGAAGUUUUACUUCCUGAGACUAAAGUUUUUGGAGAUUUAUUUAAAAUUAAUGGAUACAAAAAUUACAAUGAUUACUUAACUAGAAAUAGUAAAUAUUAUACAGAAGAGCAAAAUGCAAAGCAUAAUCUCUUGAAAGAAAAAAAAGAUAAAAUUCUUAAUUAUUUAGAAUUAGAUACUAAAAAAUUAGAUGAAUUGCAAAAAGAAUAUGAUAGUAUUAUUAUUAAUGAAUUUUUAGAAGAUAACAUCAGUGAAAAGGAAGAUAUUGCAGAAGAAAUAAAAGAUUUAUUUUUUAUAGAAAAAAAUGAAGUAGUUGAUGUUAAUUUUUUGGUGCAAAAACGCCAGCAUAAAAAUGAUGCAAAUCUAACAGAUAUUAAUAAUAAUGAACUUUUAACAAAUUUCCCGUUCACUUCAGAAAAUAUAUCAAUUUUACGUACAGAAUUAGAAGAAAUUAAUAAGAUGUUAAAUAAUACAUGUCUUAUAAAAAAUACUACUGUUUUAGAUUUUAACUUACAAAAAUAUGAUAGCUUAAAAAAAGAAACGCUUGAGACUAAAUUGAAUUUUAAUAUUAUUAAAAACAAAAGAGCAUCAUUAUUUACAGAAUAUCUUACUAAACUUAAUGAGAUUAUUUCAAAUCUUUAUUCUAAAAUAUCUGGUGGUUCAUGUAAUAUAAUAGCAGAGAAUUCUGAUGAACCUUUUUCAGGUGUUAAAUAUUAUGUUAUGGUACCUAACAAAAAAUAUAAAGAAUAUGACGUGUUAAGUGGAGGGGAACAAAUGAUAAGUAGAUUAGUUUUUAUGUAUGCACUUAGUAAGAUGAGUAAUAAAGGCUUUUUAUUACUUGAUGAAGUAGAUUCUAAUUUAGAUAAUUUCAAUGUUAAUAGACUUGUAGAUUUUAUUAAAAGUGAAGAUUUACAAAUAGUGAUGGUAAGUCUUAAAGUAGGAGUAUAUAAGGAAUGUAAUAAGAUGAUAGGUGUGUAUAAAAGAAAUGGUAUUAGUAAUUUAUUACAUUAUGCAUUUUAG